GUAAGGCUAAGGAGAAGAGGAAACUACAAGGGAGACAGACCGCACCCUGAGAGGCACUGCAGCACUGGCAGAGACCCAGGCAGCAGGAAGACGUCCUGUAGGUGUGUGAACGCGCGAGGAUAUAGAGCUUUUGUGAAUACAACUCCCAAAUCUUCUGCUGUCAGUCAGUUGUAUCUUGACCUUUCACUUCCACCCCAGUCCAAGAAAUCCUUCUUGAGGUUCCCCUACUCAGCACAGAAUGCCUGGCGUAUAUAAUGUAUCCUCUUGGGUCCAGCUUCCUUUGGAAGCUUCCUGUGUCACUGCUAAUACCAAUGGAUACAGUCUUGGAAUCAAAGCCCAUCUUACUUACAUAAACCCAAGAAAUGAAACUGUACAAGCCAUAUUUGUAUAUCUCCUAGAGGAAGGGGAGGUGAUAACAAGUUUUGAAGCAGAGACUAGUGGCCGAAAGGUGCAAGCUCAGAUACAGAAUCACAGCCGUAUAGAAGAGUGCUGCUCAGAAUGCCCAGGAGAAUCCUUGCCAUGCUGCUGUCCCAGAGGUCACCUUGUACUUGACUCAGGCACAAUACGAGGUUCAUUUAUGCUCAGUAUAGGUCCUGUGUUGCCCUCUGCUAAUCUAAAUGUGGUCCUGCGGAGCAACAGAGAGCUUCAUACCCUACGAAGUGGAGCAGUGUGUGUGACCAUCAACUCCACCCUCACACCCCUUACCCCCCCUCUUGAGGGUCACAAUCAGCAGGGGGAGGGUCUGUGUGACGACAGGUUGUGCUCAUGUCCUACCAGUUGUUUUGGGGGUGUAAGUGGAGCAGGAGGAAAUCCCUGGGUUCUCCUUAGCGAUUCUCCUCCACAGACGCUCCAUCCCACACCUUCUGGCUCCCUCACUGCAGCCUUCACCAGGCCAGCUACCAAUCCAUACUGUUAUCACUUUACCUUUCGUUUGCAUGUUACAGGCCCAUGCCUCUUGGCAGGUAUAGAGAGCCCUUCUCAUGCUCUCCGUGCUGAUGCCAGCCCCUUUGCACGCUCUGCCUCUUCUGUCUGGAUCAGCUUGGCUGAAGAAUAUGAGUGUGACAAAGCACUGGAGAUCAUCCUGCAUCCAAGCGAGCCAUACAUUCCUCACCUGUCUCUGGAGAAAGGAGCCAAAAGUUUCUCACAAUAUGAGACGCAGAUUAAAGAGAGAAGAGAUUUCAUCAGAGCAAUCAGAAAAUCUAGUGAUCCUGAGAGACAGGUCAGCUUUGUAAGGAGGCGAUUCCACAAAGAUCUCCAUCUCAAUCCAGUCCUGAUGUUGAAUUUCUGCCCAGACCUCUCUGCUUUUAGCACUUUGAGCUCUGAUCUCCCAACUGUCACACGCGAGAUCAUCUUCCUUGUGCACCUGACAGGCGAUACCUCUUACAAUGUCCAGGAUGCACUUUUGCUAGCUGUGAGGAGUUUGCCUGCACGCACUAUAUUGAAUGUGGCUGUUGGUGCAAGUGACAGGAAAGCCCUGUUUCCAAUCAGCAGGCAAUGCAACAACGAAUCGCUGGAAUUGGCAUGUGAUUAUAUCCGAAAAGGCAAGCUGAGUGGCAAUGUGAGCAAUUUGCUGUCUGUGCUGCAUCGGAUUCUGGCAAUCCCGGUUCAUCGUGGGUACCCCCGACAACUCUUCCUCUUCACAGAUUCAGCAUCCAGCUGCCCCCAGAAAGCAAUAGAGUUGAUGAGACGGCAUGCAAAGACUACAAGGGUGUUUUGUUUUGGCCUUGGCUCCAGUAAAAGUCACAGUCUCCUUGAGGAAAUUGCUAGAGUGAGCCGGGGGACGACUGAGAUUGUCAAUGAAGAUGAGAGACUUCAGCCCAAGUUGAUAAAAUCUCUGAAGAAAGCGCUGGAACCAGCUCUGAGUGACAUCACUAUAGACUGGUACAUGCCAGACACCAUGGAGGCACUACUGACACCCAAUGAAAUUGCUCCAAUCUACCCAGGGGAUUCACUGGUUGGAUACUGUGUCUUGUAUCAUAUGGCCAGCUUCCGCAACAAGAGGGUCAUGGGCCGUGGAGUGAAGGGAGGCUCCUUAAGCUCUGUUUUUCAAUCUCAGGAUGAGUCUCAGACUCCAGGUGUAACUGACACAAGCAAUCUUUAUCCCUCUACGGCUAGUGAAGAUGUUGGUCAUGCCCUACAAGAGAUUUCACAUGAAAUUUCCAUUGAAUUUUCAGCAUGGAGUGAAGAACCAGAGAAAAGUGUUGAUGGAGCGCCACUUAGUGAUAUUCGAAAGCGCAUUGUGCAGUCUUCAUAUAUAAAGGACCAAUAUGUGCUUACUCACUGUUCUGUCAGCACGGACCCCACCAAUGCACCUACUCAUGGCUCUACAAGCAGCGAAUCUGUGGGAUCCAGAAGCAAUGCCUCAGAAGACAGCACACCCUGUCAGUUUGAUGUAGUCUCUCAGCAAGGACAGAGAAGUGUGUCACAGAGUGAAAGGAUUCAUAAUUCCAACAAAAAAGCAGCUGCUUCUUUUAAGGCUUCAGUGACCCAGAGCUCAGAAGAGCUGGUGAGGAGGAAAGCACUGAUACAGGCCACUAUGUCUGGUCGCAGUUUUUCAUCCCCUCACGGGGAGCUGGAUAUGAUGCGGCUGCACUCUGCCUUAAACAAGGUGUCUCAGAGCCAAGACUCAGAGGCCCUGGUUGACUCCUGCAAUUUCAUGUCACCUACCCAAUUGGAUUGGGAUAUGCUGGUUGAUGCUCCAUAUUUGUUCACUGCAUCUCCGGGCAUAGAAGUAAACAGUGCAGCUUCCUGUGGGAACAGUGAAUCUGGGAAGCAGUGCCGGGUAGUGAUCCAUGGUUACAUUGGGGGAAGGAGUCUUUCAUGGGAGACCACAAUUAGCCUAGAGUCACUACUGUGCAGAAGUGAGGAGGAGAAAGGGGACUGCACUGAGGAUGAUGGAGAAUAUGACCUUCAUCACCUGGCUGCACGCUCUGUUAUCCAUGACCAUGAGGACACUGCUUGGAAGGAAUGUGACAUUGAGCAUGGUUAUUCUCGAAGGUUUCGUUUAAAAGCUGCACAGACCAGUAAAUCUUCCUCACAGGUCUCCUCCUUCACGUAUCAUGUUCCUGUAGACACAAGUACCCAGGAAGUUAUUCCAGGACAUGUGAUAGUACAUAGAGGUGGACGCAACAAGAAGAGCCUUGGGUCAAGCUUAGGAGGUUGGAGUCAACGGGAUAGGAGACAUUCUGAAACAAUGGAAGAAGCAUGUGUUACAUCAGAUAAUACUGAAAAUUCACCACAUUCCCCAGUAAGCUUACCGUCUGAAUACAGUUGGGAUAAGCAACGUGGCAAGGAAGGUCAUAUUCUUUGUGCCUUUGGAUCACACAAAUCAGAGUCAUCCCUUGGCUCCAGGUUCAGCAUUGGAAAGAGGAGAAUCCGCACUAUUUCUGGAAAGCUGUCCCCUCUGAAACCGCCAUGUCUGAGUGGUGAAAGCGAGAAAUGUCUGGAACUGAAGAUAAAGGAUUAUCUACCCUUGAUCAACAUGCAAUCCUCAGAAGGCUUCUUCACCCUUAAUAGCAGUUUUUCAAAUGUGAUUCAGAUUUCUCUUCAGCGACUUCUUCGUGCAUCCCCUUAUGGCUGUCACCAUGGAAGCUUGAGUCCUGUAUCAGAGCCAUCUCCUCCAGAGCAGACACACUUUUUAAGACAGAGUGCACAAACAUGCAAGGGAGGCUCUCAUCCUCAGGUCCCUGUAUUGCAGGACCCCUCAUCUCUCCCUCUACAUGCUUCAUCCUGUCCGGAGGCUCUUUGCCAGCAGGCAGAUAGUGGUCGUGGGUCUGAGACAGACCCAUGUGAGACUUCUCCAUGUCCUUCUGAUGCUGGAACAGACCCAGACUUGGAGGGUUGCACCUGGGCCACAGCUGUAGCCCUCGCUUGGCUUGAACACUGUUGUGCUGGUUUCUUCACUGAAUGGGAGCUGUUGGCAGCACGAGCUGAAAGCUGGCUAAAAGCACAGACACUGCCUGAUGGGCUACAGGUUUCAACACUUAAGGGUGCUGCCCGUCAUCUUUUCCUGUUACUUCGUCACUGGGAUGAGAAUCUUAAUUUAAACAUGCUUUGCUAUAAACCUGGUAAUGUGUGAGUGGUAAGUGCAGAGGCUUAAAUAAAGGAAUGAAGUUAAA